CCUAGAGCUCCUACACCUAACACUUCACGCUAAGCGAUUUGCGCCAUCAUAUUACAACUUUGGCUUCCUCGGGAAAUUUGGUAGAAGUUAUCCUCUUGUGCUACACGCUCAACCCCCUCGUCAAAUUAUUUUGAUUAUUGGCAUUAGUUUCUCGUCGACUAUGUUGUGGCAGUGUACUUGUCAGGUUCUUGCUCUACAUGACAACUUGAACUAUUAAGUACGUGCUUUCUUAAGGAUUGUCUAUUCUAGGGAGCGAUAGAUAAAUGAAGCGAUACUGCCAGAGCUAGAAAACUAAAAUAACCAAUUUUAUUACGUCUUUGACCAUUUAUAACCAUAAUGCCCUUCUGUUUAUGGACUACCCUGGACGCCAAAACACGCAAUAUGGCGCAUUUUGGGCUUGUUGGUGACGGCAAGGCUUGAAUUAAAGGGAAAAAAAUCGCUUCAAAAGUAAGUUCUCUGAUUCUAUAGCACCCUACUUGCUCAUAUCUACCCUAUUAAAGAUUUCCAUGUAAUAUCCGGAGGCUGUAAAAAGUCCUCACUGCGCUACGCUUGGUAGCGUCGCAAUCUGACCCUUUUUAGUGAUCCUCCCGCUGUCCUUUUUCUCGAUCCGGCGCCCUACUGGCUGAACCUGGCAGCUAAGCAAGCCUAGCGGGCUCUCGCCCUCCUCGUUUCCUGCGUAUUUCCUUCUGCACAGCCUGAUUCCUCAAUUAAGCACUUAAUUCCCUCGUUUCAAUCGGAAAAUUCUCUGCUGCCCCCCUUGCUGAGACUUUCCGACGUUGAGCCUUGCCGCCCAUUGUUAUCUGCACACUACUACCUCCAGCCGCUAUUUUGGCUCUCCUUUAAGCAUUUUUUUUUGGGACCCCCGCCCCCCUAGGCCCGGAUUGCGCGACGUCUUCCCCGUUUUCCGCCAGGUUGCAACAACGCAAACCCCUUUGCGAUCAGGCCAACACCUUCGUUCACGACAACACGCUCGCUUAGAUUCUGUUUUUUUGUUCGCAAAAAUAGGCAAUUUGUCAUCGCCUAUCGCCUGAAACGACCUUAUACACGUUAAUUCCUCACAUUCUUUCAGGCCUCUUCCCGUUUGACGUCCGCGACGUCACUCGCCAACUAUGCUCCUUUCACCAAAGGGUGGCCUCAACUGGAAGGCUACCAGAGCCCAGGUGCCUCCUUACAGAGCUGUCGUUAACUUUGUAACAAGAAAACGAUUUCUCGUUUUCGUUGCCCUCGCUGGCGCCGUUCUCCUGCUAUGGCGUGGCCUAUCCUCCUCCGCUGCAGAGAUGAAAAACUUCUACUGCUAUGGUCCUAGCAAAUCGCCAAUGGACAUGUCGCGAAACGAAUGGGAUCGAUGGCAGGCCCAUAUGCAAUCGCCUGUUAUGUACAACUACCACGCACCGGUCGAGCUUAAUGCGACUACUAUCCAAGAGAUCGAUCUGAAUAAAGUAUCGUCCACGACAAAGGCUGUUCAGAACGAAGAGCGUAUCCUUAUUCUCACGCCGCUUAAAGAUGCUUCCCGAUACAUGCGCGACUACUUUGAUCUCCUGACGGCUCUUACGUACCCGCACCACCUCAUUGACUUGGCUUUCCUCAUUUCGGAUUCCAAGGAUGACACGCAUGCCACUCUCGCUAGCGAGCUCGACCGUAUUCAAAGCCGUUCCGAUAACACCCCUUUCAACAGCGCCACCAUCAUCCACAAGGACUUCCAUUAUACACUGAGCCAAAAUGUCGAAGAGAGACACGGCUACGCGGCACAAGCUCCCCGACGCAAGGCAAUGGCUAGAGCCAGAAAUUACCUCCUUGCUAGUGCCCUCAAGCCCGAACACUCCUGGGUUUACUGGCGUGAUGUCGACAUCGAAGAAAGUCCGGCCGAAAUCCUUGAAGACAUGAUUUCGCACGACAGGGACAUUAUCGUUCCAAACAUCUGGUUCCAUCGCUAUGACGACAAGGGUAAAGAUAUUGAAGGCCGAUUUGACUACAACUCUUGGGUCGACAGUGACAAGGCACGAAAACUCGCAAAGUCCUUGCCUAUGGACACUGUCAUUGUCGAAGGCUACAAAGAAUUCGACACCGGACGAGAGUACAUGUGCAGAUUGGGUGACCGUGCUGCCAACAAGCACGAAGAAAUGGAGCUUGAUGGAAUUGGCGGUGUCAGCGUUCUUGUGAAGGCUGAUGUGCAUCGAUCUGGUAUCAACUUUCCCGCUUACGCCUUCGAGAACCAAGCCGAAACCGAAGGAUUUGCCAAGAUGGCGAAACGUGCUGGCUUUGAAGUCAUCGGUCUUCCUAACUACGUCGUAUGGCAUGUUGAUACCGAUGAAAAGGGUGGCAACGUAUAAAACGUUCCUUGACCUCUCGUCUUUCUCGAAGCGUACGGCGACCGAUGACUUGCAUAGUCGUCCGCUCCGCUUCAUCCUUCCUUCUUUCAUCGCACAUUACAUUUAGGCGCUUUGAAUACGUCGACAUCAAGACUAAUGACACUGCAAUCAUCAGAUUUGCAAACCUUUGACUUUUUACAUGAUUACUAGAACAUCAGCCGGACUCGACAGGCGUCUGUCUACGUGGCCAGGUUACUAUGCAACUGGGUCGUUUUGCUCCAAUUCAUACACCCCGCGAGCGAUUUGAUGAUACCGGUUGCACCAGUACUCGUCAAUGUCUUUCUAUUUGGCAUUUUUAAUCUCUUAUAACGGCCGAGCUGCGUAUUGCCAGAACUUGGGUAGUGGCUGGCCUGCGGAACAACGACAGCGCUCAAAGAUGUUGGAAGUAACACCUUGUUUGUUUUGUUAUUUUUAGUCCCCGGAUAAGCUGCUCUUAGGGGAGAGCGUAGGAGUUGUUAUUGGAAGUAAAGCUAUUUCUUGUAUCCAAAAAAUACAUCCUUCAGAAUAAUCGUUUUCGUUUCUAUACGUUAUUGUGCAAGCGUUUAUGUGGGUUUAAAGAAAACAGCAGAUUAUAAGUGCUGCAGAAAUUAUUCAUUUAGAUGACACCCUCAAUUCCAUGCCUUGAAAUAAAAAUCAAUAAAAGCGGUAGCGCUGUUGUUGUAAUAAGAUUAUAGUUGGUCGCCGGCCUCGCUGUUAGCCAUCACAUGAUCGCUGGCAAAAUUUCGGAGCUUGUUUACAGGGC